CGCCCCGCGAGCCCCUCCCCGCCAUAGCAUCGCCAGCUGGGGGAGGGAGGGGGCGGGGGCGGAGCUGACCCCGCGCGACCCCUGACCUUGCUCCCCAGGGGUAGCGAUUUUAGGGCUGGUUUCGCUGUCUUCCUAAACCUGAAGGGUGGAACCGGGCUGCCAAUGUGUUGCUUCCUUUUCAAAUCAUGCCUGCUUUAGGGAAUUACCCUGAGGGUGCCCAGCCUUGGUGGGCCGAGGGGACGGCUAGGGGAUCUCUAAAGGUGUCUGAUUUGAAAAAGAUGACGCUACGUGGUGUAGGAUGUUUGCUCCCAACCCCCACCCCGUCCAUUACUUUCUUUAAGCCCCCUUUUCCUCCCCCUCUUCCCUGGGUUUUGGGAUUUUUGGGGGGGGGAGGGGGGUUAGCCGGCAUUGGGCAACAUUGCUUCUGGGGCCUGGACUGCAGUGCUAACCGUGACCUACCAUUAAGCUGUGGAAUGUAGUCUCUCCGAGUGAAAGAAGCCCAUCGUUUGAAAGGAGUAAACUGGAUCUGCAAAAGCCCUGGAACAUGACUGUAGGGAUGGCCUCAGACUGGCCAGAAUGGACACGUUAAUGAUCACUAGACCUUUUGCCAUCCCUGAUGGUUCCGUUUGGAGUAGAUAUAGGAAACACAGACUCCGGAAGGGAGUGUUGCACAUCAGAUCGGCUCUGGAUCUGGCAGUCCACACUCUGCUCACUCAGAUGUGCUGUGCCCUUGAACCACUGUCUAGCCAGUGAUGUUGCCUGAGAUAGUGGGCUUGCUUUCCAAAGUGUUAUCGCGACCAGUAUUAUUAAAGAUAGGUGAGCACUGAAGAAGUCUGAGCUCUUUCUACAGUGUCUAUGCCACUCUGUACCUGAUUUGAGUUAGGUCUCCCAAAACUGGUGGGGAACAAACGUUACACAUGUACGUGUGUAAUGUUUUUAAAUAAUCCACAUUUGUAAGUUAAGGAGGUUUACGUCAAAGUGAAACUAGUUUUAAAAUUUAAUAAACGCAAUGCCUUGGGUUCCCUAGAAUUUUUAAGCCUUUUUUUUCCCCCGCAUUAAUUUGGUCUCCAUUACAAAAGUCAGCAUUAAUAAGUUAAGCAGACUUUUGUUUGUCAAGUGCUACAUUGUUUUUAUGACCCUAAAUCUGAGUGUUUAAAGUAAAACCUACUAACUCACUCAUUUAUUAUCUGACAGCAUCUUCAUGGAAUCUUUCAUUUUAAAAGCACAGCAGCCAGCACUCUUCUUAUUAAUUUAGUAAAGUAACUAUUGGUCCAUGCAAGAGAAGCAUGGACGUGUCUUCAUUUGUGUUAUUUCCUGGGAUAGAAAGUUCAGAAGGAAAGCUAAUUCUGCUCUUCUUAUGAUUUUGCCCUGUUUCCGGCGGACCUCCUUAAACUGCAUGUCUAUGUCACUGUUCCUAUGUUCCUAUGCAUGUGUGUCUCUCUGCCACAUAACCCAGCACUUAUUUCCUCAGCCAAGGGGCUAGGGGCGAGCCUAGCCAAGAUUUUACCUCCAAUGGACGCAAGUUUCUUUGGUGAAGAUCUCCUGAGAGUUCGGGACUAGCAGAAAGAAGCGAGGAAAUUUCCACCGUUUGGUUCUUACGGAUAGGUAUUUAUGUAUUCGGUUUGUGUGAAUGUAAGCUAUGAUAUUUAACUUUUCAGAAAAAAAUUACUUUUUUUUGCAAGUGGCAUUGAGUGGUUGACCAAACCAUACAUGGUAAGAACUGCUAGGGAGGUGAAUGCCGUUUAUACUUUAGAGGGUUUUCUGCCUUUAAUUCUAAGUUUUAUUGUGCUGGAGAAAGGAGUUUAGAUUUGUUAAGUUAAUUUGAGUUUAACAGUAGGUGAGAUAUGAUUAGCCACGUUAAAUAUGUCUGAAAAAGUUGUACAUUUAUUUGUUUUAAUAUUUUUCUUAUUUUAAUUGGUAAGUAUGUGUAUAGAGUGUCACACACCAUCAGCCUGGGCGGUGACUUCUAUCUGCUGACCAGCGUGUUCGCAUUACAGAUACGAUGGGCGUGGUCACCUGCAUGACCUCUCCGCGUACGAUGCUGAGUAUGCCACAUGGAACCGAGACUACCAGCUGUCUGAAGAGGAGGCGCGCAUAGAGGCGCUGUGUGAUGAAGAGAGAGGAAGAAUACAAGCGAUUGAGUGAAGCGCUGGCGGAAGAUGGGAACUACAGUGCUGUAGGCUUCACUUACGGCAGUGACUAUUAUGACCCGUCAGAGCCGACGGAGGAGGAGGAGCCUUCCAAACAGAGAGAAAAGGUUGAGACUGAAAGUUUGGAGGAAAACGAGGAACCGUUCAUUGCUCCUUUAGGACUGAAUGUCCCAUCUGACGUGGAACUGCCACCAACAGCCAAAAUGCACGCCAUCAUUGAGCGCACAGCCAAUUUCGUGUGCAAGCAGGGAGCACAGUUUGAAAUAAUGCUGAAGGCCAAGCAGGCACGAAACUCGCAAUUCGACUUCCUGCGCUUCGACCACUACCUCAACCCCUACUACAAGUUCAUCCAGAAAGCUAUGAAAGAAGGGCGGUACACAGUGCUGGCAGAAAGCAAGAGUGAAGAGAAGAAAAAGUCAGGGGCAAACUCUGACAACGAAGACGAGGAUGAGGAGGAAGAUGGGAGCUACCUGCACCCAUCUCUCUUUGCCUCCAAGAAGAGCAGCCGCCUUGAAGAGCUGAUGAAGCCCUUGAAGGUGGUGGACCCGGAUCAUCCCCUAGCAGCUCUUGUCCGUAAAGCACAGGCUGACAGCUCUGCUCCCACCCCGCACACCCCAGAUGGAGCACCCACACAGCCCUCCCAGGUGGAGUACACGGCAGACUCGGCCGUGGCGGCCAUGUACUACAGCUACUACAUGCUGCCAGACGGCACCUACUGCCUGGCGCCGCCCCCUCCGGGGAUUGACGUGGCUACCUACUACAGCAGCCUUCCCGCCGGGGCAACCGCAGCCAGCUCCCCUGGAGUGACAGCCACUGCCCCACCACCACCUGGGACCACACCACCGCCCCCCGCAACCACAGUCGAAACAAGCAGCGGGGUGACCGCCACCACCACAACCACAAGUGCGCUUGCUCCCGUGGCUGCCAUCAUCCCCCCACCCCCUGACAUUCAGCCUGUGAUUGACAAGCUGGCGGAAUAUGUCGCCAGGAAUGGCCUUAAGUUUGAGACCAGCGUUCGUGCCAAGAACGAUCAGAGAUUUGAGUUCCUACAGCCCUGGCACCAGUACAAUGCCUACUACGAGUUUAAGAAGCAGUUCUUCCUUCAGAAGGAAGGGGGCGAUGGUGCACAGGCUGGGUUGGUGCCAGAAGAGGCCCCUGCAGAAUCCACUGCUGAAAAGACGAGUGACAUUGGGGAGGACGGUGUGCCUGAGGAUAUGACUGAGGCAGGAGGAAGAAGUGGCUCAGGCGGGAAGAAGGAGGCAGCAUCCAGUAAGAGCGCGGCGGACGGGAAGCUGGUGAAAGCUUCAUUUGCUCCAAUAAGCUUUGCAAUCAAAGCCAAAGAAAAUGAUCUACUUCCCCUGGAAAAAAAUCGAGUUAAGCUAGACGAUGACAGUGAAGAUGAUGAAGAAAGCAAAGAGUGCCAGGAGAGCUCUAGCAGCGCAGCCAACAGCAGCCCAGCCGCAGCCCCUCCCUGUGUGGUUGUGGAGGAGAAGAAGCCCCAGCUUACACAGGAGGAGCUAGAAGCAAAGCAAGCAAAGCAAAAGCUGGAGGACCGCCUUGCAGCUGCUGCUCGGGAGAAGCUGGCCCAGGCGUCCAAGGAAUCAAAGGAGAAGCAGCUUCAGGCUGAACGUAAAAGGAAAGCAGCUUUAUUUUUACAAACCUUAAAAAAUCCUGUGCCAGAAGCAGAAGUUGGAAAGCUUGAGGAGAGUCCUUUCAGUGUAGAGGAAACGAGUGCUAUGUCCUGUCCUCUGCUAGCUGGAGGCAGACCUCUGCCCACUUUAGACGUGAAACCACCAGACAGGCCUUCAAGCAAAAGCAGAGAUCCACCAAGAGAGGAAGAAAGAGAGAAGAAAAAGAAAAAGCACAAAAAGCGGUCUCGAACUAGAUCACGCUCUCCCAAGUACCACUCAUCAUCAAAGUCCAGGUCUAGGUCACACUCAAAAGCAAAGCACUCCCUGCCCAGUGCCUACCGGACAGUGCGGCGGUCGAGGUCACGGUCCCGGUCCCCUCGGAGGAGAGCGCACUCCCCUGAGAGACGGCGGGAAGACAGAAGUGUCCCUACUGCCUACCGGAUGAGCAGUAGCCCCGGAGCCAGCAGGAAAAGGACCCGCUCCAGAAGUCCCCACGAGAAGAAGAAGAAGAGGAGGUCGAGGUCUCGGACCAAGGCCAAGGCCCGGUCUCAGUCGGCAUCCCCGAGCAAGCAGACAGCACACCGUCCCUCGGCCCACUCAGCCCAUUCAGCCAGCAUCUCUCCUGUGGAGAGCCGGGGCUCCAGCCAGGAGCGCUCCAGGGGAGUUUCUCAGGAAAAAGAUGGUCAGAUCUCUUCAGCAAUCGUUUCUUCUGUGCAGAGCAAAAUAACUCAGGAUCUCAUGGCCAAAGUAAGAGCAAUGCUCGCAGCUUCCAAAAACCUGCAGACCAGUGCGUCCUGAGCCGGCAGCCAGUGUGGAGCCAGCCCUGCUCGGAGCAUCAUGCCUGGCCACUGAGUGGGGUCACAGCUCCAGGCAUCUGCAUCACGGAAGCCAGGAGCUGAGCGGCCAUCCAGGUUCUCCAGCUCGGACUCCCUGGGACAGUCGGUGACUUUUGUAAAUUUUUGAUGACAUUUUCAGCUUAAGAUUUUUGACCAGCAAUCUCUUACUUGUAUAUUUGUAAAUAAUAUCAUGUUUCUGUGGAAAUGUAUUAUCAAAUAAAACGGGAGAAAACCCUUUUCUAGCUAGCAGCCUUGGGGUGACUUCUUCUUGGCUUGUAGCUCUUUAUAUCAUUUGCCACCUGCCACUGGACUAACAGGU